AUGCCCAUACGAUUGGGUUAUGGCUCAGGCAGCGUGAUCGUUGGCGAGUAUACGCCGACUGCGGUUGUGACAAACCAAGUGGUUGCAGCACCAGCCGCUGCGGUGGUCGCUGGGCCCGCUAUCUCAAGCGGUGCAGCCCUUAACAACGCUGCAGCUGUAGGUGCCGCCCAACUGAGCGCCAUCCAGAACGCGCAGGCGGUACAAGCCGCUCAGAUAGCGAACGCCGCCGCAGCUGCCAUCCAAGGCGCACGCGUUGUGGAGGCAGAAGCGCGCGCCAGGCAGGCAAACGCAAUUCAGAACGCUCAAGCUUUAGACGCCACCCGAGUCGCCAAUCUUCAGAGGGCGCAGGCCGCUGCCCUGGAGAACGCUAGAGCCACAGAAGCCGCUAGGAGAGCGGCAGCUGCCAGCGCCUUGGAGUUGGCUCGCGCCGCAGAGGCUGAACGCGCGGCGAACGCAGCCCGCGUCCAAGCUGUGGCUUACGCCAACACUAGGGCUGUUGAAGCCUCCCGUAUUGCAAACGCUGCAAGAGCCCAAUCUGCUGCAGUAGCUACUAGUGCCGCUCAGACCCAGGCCGUUGCUGAUGCAGUGGCAAGGAACACCCAGGAUGGUCUUCUUCUUGGUGGUGGCCCUGGUGUCGUUGCAGUAGCACCAGCUGCAGCUGCCGUUGAAGUAGGGCCUUCAAUUGACGGUAUCGUCGGCUAUAGACAAUCCUGGGGACAUGGCGGCAGCGUUCUUAUUAGCAAACAC